AUGCCUCCUAUUGAAAAUAUUCCAUUAGACGGUGAUGAAUUAAGCGAUGAUGAAAUUUGGGAGUUGAAUUCAGCAAACAUGUCGUUACGUACGACGUUAAUAUUUUUAAUUAUAACCGUUGCUGUAUUUGGUGUUUUGCAAAUAAUAAAAUUAAUUUAUCAAAUUCAGAUAACGCGGCGGAAAGCUAAUAAGACAACUGCUUUCGAUAGCUCAAUACCCAAAAUUGUUGUUUGUACCAAGAAAAAGGAAGAACCUGUAAAGAAGACUAAAAAAAAAAGGCCAACAUCAUCAUUACCAAGCAGAAAAAUGAAAAUUCAAAUGUCAUUAAAAAAUUCACCCUUAACGGAAAUCAUCACUGACGUAGACAAAACGGAAAAAAAGCCCAACGAAAUCAAAAAGUCUAAAGAGAAUGGAAAGGCUUCAGACUUUAGUAUUUCUACUGUCGCCGGAACCUCACUGUCUCGAUCAAGUGCUUCACAACUUACUGCGAAAGAUUCAUUCGUGUCAGUUGAUGAUAAAGCACCAUAUCCUGAUCCUGAUGCUUAUGAUUCAUCGCUGGUAACGCAUGAUACAUCUGCCAAGAAAUCAGUGUUUCUUGAACCAAAAGCUCAAGAUUCGUUGAUGGUAAUCGACCGUAGUGCACCACUGCAAAAAGCAAAUAGCGUGGAACAUCUGGUCUGGAAGACAGAGGAAGAACCAAAAGGGCCAGAAGUUGCUGAACAAAAGGAAAUUAGAAUUGAGGGAAAAAGUCCAAGCAGUCCUAAAGAGGACCAAGCAAGUUUGAAAUAA